AUGUCACGCAUUCAGUGGCUCUGGAAAGCGCUCAAAGUAUUUCGGUUUCUUUUCCACUCGCUGGGCUUUCUGCAGCUGCGUUUCAGCAGAUCCCGGCGUCUGUACACCCAUAGAUACAACUGCUGCAGAUACAUUCCAUGCCUCUUUGUUGCAUGCAUCCUGCUGCUGCAUCAAAUGGCGCGCCAACGCUUGGAAAUGGAAAACGCGCUCAUGAAUUCCCUGGAGACUGAUUCGCGGCCCCCGACAGAUGGAUUCUCCGUGAGAUGCGAGUAUCUGCAGAGCCUCAUGUAUCUCGCGGCCAUGAUAUGGUCGUUGAUUAGGCACAAGUCCCUCUGGCAGCUGGUCAAUCAAUCACAGAUGUCGUACAAGCAACUGAAGACCCUUCUGGGCAGGCACUUGAUCCUGGAAUGCUCCUGGCAGGCGCUCGUCUACGGCGGAGCCCUGCUGCUGCUGCUCUGCCUCAUGGGAUACAAGACCUUCUGGCUGGAUUUUCCGCUCAUAGAACAUGCCCAGAGAAGGGUCUUGACGGCCAACGAUAUGCACAACAUCGCGAACUAUCUGAUGGGCGUGCCGCAACUCAUAUUCGUCCUGCUGAUAGCCCUGCACAUCCUCUAUCACCUGCUGCACGCCGGCUGGCUCCAGUCCCUGCAGAAUCUCCGCCUGGAUAGGAACCUAAAGGGCUUUCAGCUGCUCCUCAGGAUGCUGUAUCCCCUGCAAAGGAAACUCAAUCUCCUGGCGGGCCUCUACUUCAGGGUAACCUACGAUUGCUUUGUGUGUCUCAUUGCCAUUCGCAUUGUGGCCUUUGCGCGUCUCCUGCGCUUCGAUGCGACGCAGGUGUUGCAGCAGCAAAAGAGUCGCGACGAUCUCGAGGAUGAGGCGGCUUGGAAUGGCAAAAAUCUACAGGAUCUGACCUCUCCGGAGCAGCUGCUACGCGAGUCCAUGUAUCUGUUGGCCUGGCAUCUGGCCUUGUGGCUGCUCCUCCUGGCUGCCGCACACCUGCAGCAGUGCGAGUAUCAAUCAUUGAUUGGCCAUUGCUGGCAAGAAAGUAGAAUCCCCCCCUUUAAGGAGAGGAAAGUCCCCUUUGGGGAGGAUAUUCUUGAUAUAAUGUUCCAAUCGCAAAUCUGCGUUUUCGAUCAUCAACGAAUUUCCAUUUGUUUCCUCUCUCGGAGAAUAGGAAAAAGGACAUGUUUUGUCACAUUAAAUACCGCUUUGGGGCAGUGGAAACUGCGGCUUAACCUCGUGAUCGGCUUGGCCGUCGUUUACUUUGUCCAGCAAACGGAAAUAAAGCAACUACAGUCUUACCUCUGGCAGAGGGAACACGAAUAG